GUCGGAAGGCAUGGGAAAAUGUUGACAAACGUCUUUCCCAAAUGUUUAAUCUACCGACAAUCAAAACGAAUUGAUAGUAGCGUCUUGAUCAAAAGAUACAAACAGAAGAAGAAAAGGUCUCUCAACCUUUCAAAACAGUCAACAUCUGAAAGAGCACUGGUGUAUUUUGACACUUAUUAUAAACCAGUAUAUAAAAAUUUGUGGCCUUCAAUUCGUGUUUCACUCUUGUCUGGACAAAAAUAUGGGGCUUUAGUCAAUAAUUUCUCUAACUGUGAUUCGUGUAACAUUUUAUCAAAACUUGGAGCACAUGAUAUAAUAGAAAAAGCGAAACAUGUGCAUGUAGAAGAAGUUAAACAUCAAUCAGAAAAACCUGUCAAAUAUGAAGAAUUGAUUUCAUCAAUAGAUCAAAAACAAAAUUUGGACCUAUCAGAUGACCUUUAUUUAAAAGAAUCAGAUGAUUCAGAGUCGAGCGAUGAUGAAGAAUUUGUGAAUCCAGAUUUAGCAAAGGACUCUGAUUUGCAUGAGUUUGUUCCAGUAGAAAGAGUCUAUACUGAAAAAGAAUCCUUGCUAAUAGAAGAAUCGUAUAAGGGUGUUUUUAUUGACAAUGAUAUCAAUGUUGAUGUUGUGAAAGAUGAGGAGAUAACUCUACCUGACCAUCUUAAAGUUUUUACUUUUAAACCUGGAAAUGUUUCUGAUUUUCCUCCACCUAAGCCCGAUCCUGCGGGCUUAUUAGGUUAUUAUAUGUUAGAUGCUGCAUCUAUUUUACCUGUGAUAGCGUUAGAUAUUAAACCUAAUGAUAAAGUUUUAGAUUUAUGUGCUGCACCAGGUGGAAAAAGUCUGGCUAUAUUACAAACACUGUUACCAGGUUCAUUAACAAGCAACGACAUAGCAUCAAGUAGAUUGAGAAGAUUGACAGAAAUUCUACGCUGGUAUUGUCCUGAUAAAGAAAAUUCUUUAACAAUCACUAAACAUCAUGGCGAGGAAUUUAAUACACCAGAUUAUGAUAAGGUUUUAGUUGAUGUACCGUGUAAUACAGAUCGACAUGUUUUAAUGGAGGACACUGAGAAUAAUCUCUUCUCUGUAUCAAGAGAUAAUGAACGUCUUUUAUUAGCUGAUAAACAAAAACAACUUCUAGUAGCUGGUAUCAAGUCGUGUAAACCUGGUGGAUCGAUUGUUUAUUCAACAUGUACUCUGUCACCACCACAAAAUGAUGGAGUUAUUCAGGCCGCUAUUGAAGAAAUAUGGAAUGAAACUCAAAUAGAUAUCGUAAUACAAGACAUUUCAUGUAUUGCUCAUAAAUUUAAAGACACUUUUAGAUUUUAUAAAGGUUGUAGAUAUGGACAACUAGUUCUUCCAUCAUUGAUUGCUAAUUUUGGUCCGAUGUACUUUAGUAAAAUUAGAAGAUUAAAGUGAAUAGAAGCAUUUAAUUUAGUGUGAUUGAGUGAUACGAGUAUAAUAGAAUAUGUAAUGAACUUAAACAAUUUCUUUGUAUCUCUUUUUAAAUAAACAA